CCACCAUCAGUGUCUAAAAAUUCAGAUCUUGUAAAAUGGAAAUAAAACUUCUAUCAUGCCCGUUGUGUUCUAACCCACAUUUCGACGGUGUCGGUUCACUUAGGAGUACUUUAGUGAACGUCGCUACCAAGUUAGUGUCGUGUCCAGUGUGCUCUGAAACUCUGCUAGGUUUGGACAAACUAACUAUACAUUUGUUUAGCCAUGUCAGCAACGCUGUCGCGACUAAAACCGUUAGUGAACAUGAUAUUCAAGAAGAAAUCGACAAGAGCAUCGAGAAUGUAUCCAAAUCGGAAGUUGACCCAGGACAGAAAAGUACCCCACUACUCAAAUCUAUAAAAUGUGAUAUCUGCAACUUUUCCUUCAACGACAGAAAUGUCUUGGAGAUGCACCAGAAAUUGUUGCAUCAUACGCCGCCUGAUAAGAAAACUGGCACAUACAAUUACCACUGUCAUUUGUGCAGCAAGCAAUUCAGGAUGAGGGGUAGCUUGAUGGUACACUUGAGGGUGGCCCACUAUGGAUACGGUCGUGGGGAUGAUACGGGGUGUGACAGCACUAAAGAGGACGGUGCAAGGGUUGAUGAGGUGGUGAAUGACAAGAAAGUAGUUGAUGAUGGAAAGAUUCUUCAGAAAAAUUCAACUUCGAAAGUGAUUGACAACAAACACUGGGAAUGCGAUGUUUGUUCAAAAAUGUUUACCACGAAAUAUUUUUUGAAAAAACACAAAAGGUUGCAUACAGGAGAAAUGCCUUACUGUUGCUCCCUGUGCAACAAAUCAUUCACAUUUCAACAGUCCUACCAUAAACACAUGUUGUACCAUUCGUCAGAAAAGCCGCAUGUAUGUAACGAGUGUGGCAGAGCAUUCAAAGAACUUUCCACUUUACAAAAUCACGCAAGAAUACAUUCCGGGGAAAGACCUUUUGUUUGUGAAACAUGUGGAAAAAGUUUCAGGCAAAGGGUAUCCUACCUCGUACAUAGAAGAAUCCACACAGGAGUUAUGCCAUACAAAUGUACAGCCUGUAACAAGUGUUUUCGAUACAAAGUCAGCCAAAAAUCACACAAAUGUUUUAUGAACCCGCCGGGAUCUGUUGUCCUCAUUCCUGAGCAAAAAUCCGGACCAAAUUCCCCCGAAAAUAGCUCCAAGUCUGUGAUGAACGUCGAUUUGAACACUGGAAACAUAAGUGUUAUACCGCAAAAGGUGCAGACGAAUGCUGAUUCAAAACCUACUGCAGAGGAUUCGUUAGUUCAAAAAGAAUCUAUUGUAAUCAACAAUAAUGAGCGUAUAGAGAUUAGUUACAAGAAAGCUGAUCUCCAAACGGCGAUUCAGCGAGAAAUUUUGUUCCAGAAAGAUGGGAUUACUUCAGGAAUUAUUAGCCAGGAGAAAAAUGCGAUGCAAGAAAACCAGGAUAAACUGCGAGAAGUCAUGUUAAUACCACCUGGAGAUGAUUUAUUUUCAGUCACUUUAUCCAACAUACUUCCAGAAGUUGAGUCCCUCUAUUUACAUGGGUCCCCAAUAAACAAUUCAAAUGGUGCAGAACAAUUUUUAGAAAGAGAAGAAGCUGUAAACAUUACUGACAUGAGAGAACAAUGUCUUGAAGAGUUUUUGUGUGACAUUUAAUAAAGCAAUUCAACAAUAUCAAGUUUUGUUAAUGAAGUUUUCUGCCUUUAUUAAUUUUGAAAUAGAACUGUGAUGAACAUUAGAAUAAU